AUGGCGGAACUGCGACGUCGGUUUGGCGCAGACCUCGUAUCUACAUCUACCACCGACGAGAACACUCCCUCGAAUGCGAAUUCUUCAUCCAAAGCUAUAGCCUCAGAGAAAGUGACAGAAGCGCCCAAGGGGGAAGAUAACUGCUAUAACAAGAUUGAGAAGGAGGUCCUAUACGUCCAGGCAUCCUCGAAACCGGAAGACGCGGUUCCUCCGAAGAGGAGAAGUAGGCGACGGAAUGGAUUGAUAUUCGGGCUUGGAGGGAUCUUUGGGAUAUUUGUGGCGCUAUUCUUCGCAAAUCAGAAUGAAGUUAUCAGCUUAGAUGCACUGCUGGAUCUCAAUAUUGACUCGCUGAUCGAUGUUAUACCUGCAGGCAUUGUCCGGGACGCAAAAGAGUUUUCACAAAGCGAGCGUGAGACGGUUAGCUAUGAUUCGUUUUCGGUGGGUUUGCAUUUGCAGUCGCAGGGGAUUAAGGCUUCUCAUCCGGUCAUCAUGAUACCCGGAGUGAUAUCCACUGGCCUUGAGAGCUGGGGGACGGAUGAAAAGUCAAGAGCUUACUUCCGAAAGCGUCUCUGGGGCAGUUGGAGCAUGAUGCGUGCAUUGGUGCUUGACACCGCAGGCUGGAAGAAUAAUAUCAUGCUGGAUAAAGAGACCGGGCUCGAUCCGCCGGGAGUCAAGCUACGAGCUGCUCAAGGUUUUGAUGCAACGGAUUUCUUCAUCACAGGUUACUGGAUUUGGAAUAAAAUAUUGGAAAACCUGGCAACAAUAGGAUAUGACCCGACAAAUGCGUAUUCAGCGGCAUACGACUGGAGGCUGUCAUACCUUAACCUAGAGCAUAGAGACCACUACUUUAGCAGGCUCAAGAACCAUAUCGAAACCGCAGUGAAGCUCAACGGGAAGAAAGUGGUCCUUGUCUCACAUAGUAUGGGAUCACAGGUAGCUCUAUUCUUCUUCAAAUGGGCUGAGCACAAGGGCUACGGCAACGGUGGUCCAGACUGGGUCGAUCGUCACAUUGCAUCUUGGAUCAACGUCAGCGGCUGCAUGCUGGGUGCUUCCAAGGGCCUUACAGCAGUACUAUCCGGCGAGAUGCGAGAUACCGCCCAGCUCAACGCCUUUGCAGUCUACGGCCUGGAGAAAUUCUUGUCCAAAGAAGAACGAGCUGAGAUCUUCCGCGCCAUGCCGGGCAUUUCCAGCAUGUUACCCAAGGGCGGCAAUGAAGUAUGGGGCAACCAUACCUGGGCACCAGACGACUUCCCCAAUCAGCCGGUAACUAACGGCAACCUGCUGAACUUCCGAUCAAACAGCACUCUCACAGCUGCUUCAAGGCAUAAUUUCACCGUUGAAGAUGGCCUAGCUUAUUUGUACAAUAUUUCCGAACCAUGGUAUCGCAACCAACUUGACGAGAACUACUCUCAUGGCGUUGCUCACACGGCAGCCGAAGUCGAGGCGAACGAAAACGAUCCCCGUAAAUGGUUGAAUCCGCUCGAAGUCCGCCUUCCGCUGGCCCCUGAUAUGAAAAUAUACUCGUUCUACGGCGUUGGAAAGCCAACGGAACGAAGCUACUUUUACCGCGAGGAAGUUGAUCCCUUGUCUAAACUGAAUUUGACCAUGGACACUUCUGUGAUGGAAGGUGAAGGGGAAGGACACGUUGAUCGGGGCGUUGUGAUGAAUGAGGGCGAUGGCACGGUUAACCUACUUAGCUUGGGGUAUAUGGGCACUCGUGGAUGGAGGAUUAAGAGGUAUAACCCGGCCGGGAUACCGAUUAAGGUGUACGAGAUGCCUCAUGAGCCUGAACGGUUCUCGCCGCGUGGGGGUCCUAAUACAGGUAAGCUUUCCGCCCCCAUCUGGAGGAUCGGUUACAUACAUGCAUACAUACAUACAUGUACCCAUGUUUGCUACUUUGAUGAUGCUAACUGUUGA